AUGGCGGUCCCGGCCACCGCCGCCCCGGAGCCCGGCCAGCCAACCCACUACGAGAUCCUAGACCUGCCGCAGCCCUUCCUCGCCUCCCAGCGCGACCCGGCGCCCCUCGUCCGCCGCGCCUACCGCCGCGCCCUCCUGCGGCACCACCCGGACAAGGCCGCCAUCCUCACCACCACUGCCAGCACCACCAGCACCACCACCAGCACCACCAGCACCACCAGCAGCCUGACGAUAGACCAGAUCUCCGCCGCCUUCGCCGUCCUCUCGGACCCCGCGGCCCGGGCCUCGUACGACCGCGCCCUCAAGCUCGCCCGCCCGCCGCACCAGCCGCCCGGGUGGCAGCGGCAGCAGGGCGGCGACGGCCCCGGCCCCGGCCCCGGCGGCAGCAGCAGCUCCUUCCAGACGGGCGUCGAGAGCGUCGACCUCGACGACCUCGGGUUCGACGAGGAAGACUCGGUGUGGUACCGCGGCUGCCGGUGCGGCAACGACCGGGGCUUCGCCCUCGGCGAGCCGGACCUCGAGUCGGCCGCCGAGGACGGCGAGCUGCUCGUCGGCUGCCUGGACUGCAGCCUGUGGCUCCGGGUGCACUUUGCCGUCGUCGAGGAGACUGCAGCAGGCGGCUCCCAAAAAGAGUCUUUCCCGGCGGUGGUCCUUUCAGGACUGAAAGCCGCCCACAUGAAGGGUGCUGCAGAAUGGUUGAGUAGCUACGAAGACUGGACUAGUACCGCGGUCGCAAGGACAACACGGCGCACAGCGGAUGCCAACAUCACUGCCGUCCCAUUCUGCUUUAUGCAGCCUGUCCGCCAGAGAAGUCCGGCAUGUACAUAUCAGCGCGAGCAAGUUACAGCUUGGGACGCUUUAUCUACUACGGCAUGCCGUACCGUCCCCAGCUCUAUGGUCACCUUGAGAAACACCUUCAUGACAUGA